UCAGUGUCAACGUAGGCGUUUUACGAUUCGUAUUAAUUGUACCGCUGUACUGCUUGGGGUAUUUGAUUGGGCGUUGUGAAUUAAAAAUAAGAAUGUGUUUUUAUGUUUCCGUAAUUAAUCCAAACUACUAAUCAAAUGUGUAACAUAUACGUAUAUUUGUUUUAUAAGCAUUAAAAAUACAAAAGAUGCUGUAAAAUAGUUUCCCUCUGUGUCAGAACGAAUUUUAUGAUUGAUUUUCAUAAAAGGCUCAUUUAUUAAAACUAGUAAUGCCGGAGCAAAGCAAUGAUUACCGUGUUGUAGUUUUUGGUGCGGGUGGCGUAGGAAAAAGUUCUCUUGUGCUACGUUUCGUCAAAGGUACAUUCAGAGAAUCAUAUAUACCGACGAUCGAAGAUACUUAUAGACAGGUUAUAAGCAGCAAUAAAACAAUAUGCACUCUACAAAUAACUGACACAACCGGUUCACAUCAAUUUCCAGCCAUGCAGAGGCUAUCAAUCAGCAAGGGUCACGCCUUCAUACUCGUGUAUUCUGUGAGCAGUCGGCAAUCGCUGGAAGAGCUGAAGCCCAUAUGGCAAACGAUAAGGGAAAUAAAGGGCGCCGAUCUUCCAAACAUUCCAGUGAUGUUGGCAGGGAACAAGUGCGACGAGAGCCCUGAGAUUCGAGAGGUUUCCGCUGCAGAGGGGCAGGCGCAGGCGCAAGAGUGGGGCGUGUCCUUUAUGGAGACCUCGGCGAAAACCAAUCACAAUGUCACUCAAUUAUUUCAGGAAUUACUGAAUAUGGAAAAGAACAGAAAUGUCUCUCUCCAAGUUGAUGGUAAAGGAAAAAAGAAAAAAGAUAAAAAUGUUAAGGAAGGAGGUGAGGGAUCGGCGAGUGGGAGGGAAAAAUGCCUAUUGAUGUAGAUAAAAUUUACUUCUUAUGUAAUAUCCCACCUUAUUUAUAAAAUAACCAGCAGCAUUAUGUUAUAUAUAUACAUUUAUAAAAAAAACGAAUUACUUUAUAAAAAAGUUAAAAAUCGCUAGAGAGUACAACAAACGAGUUAUUUUUUUUAUGAUAUAUUGUAUAUCAUAAUGUUGCCUGUUAGUGCUAACUAAGUCACAGUUCUAGUCAUUUAAAUCCAUAUUUUCAUUAGUUAAGCACAGGACAAGUCGCAUUUAAAUAAGUAUUAUCAUGCCUAUUAUAAUGUUAGUUUAUGCGAUGUAUUGACAUUGUAGAAUAUAUAUUUUGCUAUAACUAAAAAUUAUCUUAUUUACACUAGUUACAUAUUUAUCUAUAUAUGAGUAUAGGAAGACUAACUUAUCUGUAAACUGCGCGCGACGUUUAAGGUAGGGUUGCCAUAUUUGAAAAACUUGUAAUGUACUAAUUAUACAAAAGAAAGUAAUGAUAGUUUCUCUGUCAAUAAUAAUAAAGAACGAAUAUCCAAAGCUGGAUUGCGUUUCAUGAAUUGUAUAUGACAAACUUUUCAAAUACCUAUUGCUAAAAUAUACAAGACCGAGCCACGUUUCUAAAAAGGUCAGUGAAAAGAUUACAGCUUUAGUAACAUAAUCGGUAGAAUGGUAAAUGUUACUUGAAGGGACAUUUUAUAUAUGAUUGCCACUUCACGGAUAAGUUAGUAGACCUAUAAUGACUGAGACGCUAAGGUCGUGAAGUUAUUCCGAGUGUUAGUGUGAAAAUACAACGAAAUGAAGUCUCUAGGACUACUGUUAUUAAAUUAUAUAUGUACGCUGACAAAUAAUAAUUAAUUAAAUGUCAUGUUUGCGUUAAGUAUUCAGUACCUGAAAAUCGGAAUACUGAUAGGAGCCCGUCAAAUAUGCUUCUCGACGUAUCAAUACAUAUUAUAGCAACCGUCAAACAAUUGCUAUUGGUUGUUUCUUAAAUAAGUAUUAAUUAUUUCAGUGCCGUUAUAACUUUUUAGUUUAUAAACAUAAAAUAUGCUUUAAUAAUUUAGCAUUAACAUCGUGAGAUUACAAAAAUACAUACAAUUUAGUAUUAUAUUAGUCAUAACAUUAAGCAAAUCAUAUGUGACUUUGAAAUAGUAAACUCCACUUCUAUCGUAGGAAGGAAAGCUUAUAAGAUGAUUUAUGUCAUUGUGAGAGACAUAUUAUGUGCCAAAUAUCUAAAAUGUUUACAUCGUAAAAAUCAUCUUGAAAUUCCGUACACAUGCCAGUUCCAAGUGUAUAACUAAAUGAAAAAAAAAAAAACUGAUUCGUUUCUAAAGCGUGUGACUGAUUAAUUAAAGAAAAUGACAAAUUUAGAUAGAUUAUACCAACAGCCAACUGAUCUGGAACUCUUAUAGCGACACCUUAAAGUAGUCAGUAUAUCUCACAAUGACUAAACGCCAUAUUAUAUUCCCUAUAAUAUUUUGACUAUAAAUUAAAUUUUUAAAUUUAAUAUAUUAAUCGUAGCUAUCGCUAGUCAUUAGUGCACAUUAUUUGAUAUCGUUCACUAACAUAUCUAAUUAGAAUUGUCCAUAGUUACAAAUUUAUCUAGUCAGUCGAUUAUUAUUAUUAUUAUUGUGUAUGCUGGUUAUAGAGAGGAAUAAUUAAGAAUUAGAAACAUGAUUGUGCAGUUGCCAGUUUUAUUAAAUAAGCUCGCAUGACCCAAACGCUUAUUACUAAAAUAUAAUUUAAAUAAUAUCCCUGAAAUGUUGUGCAUUUUUAUAAUUAUUUAUAUAUUUAUAAACAAUUUGUAUAAUUUUAAGUGUUGUCAAGACCUUUAUUAACCUUUAAAGCAAGACACCCGCGUUGGAAUUAUUGUUACAUGGGCACAUAUAAUAAUUAAGAAUAUUAUGUACACAUUGAUGGAUAAAAUCAUUGUUACAUUAAAUUGUUGUAACUGGACCAAUGUUGUUUAAAGUUGUUUGAUGUUUUCCAUUAUUGUAGAGAUAUCUUUGUUUGAUGUGUGUCACUGUAUAUGUUAGAUUAUACUUGUUUUUAUAACUUGUCUUCUAUCUCUUGUCUAUGCAAACUUGUAAUUGUAAAUUUUUAUUUUUAAUAUGUAGGAAUUUACAUUUGAUUCAUUCCAUAAUAAAUUUCCCAAAUAACCUUUCCUGAUGAUGUUAAAUAUCGUAAAACUGUAUAUGGCAUAGAACAUUCCUUUAAAAUUCGUUAAUUCUUUAUUACGCGUCGUUUUCAUGUCUUUCCUGAAUUCAAUCUUCUUUCAAUAAUCUAUAAGCUAUCAGCAUGUUCUGAAAAUAUGUAAUAUUAAAAUUUCCAUAUUCUCUAAAUUAGUCUACAGGUAGUGUAGUGAACAAGUGAGCUUAUAAUUCAAUUUCUUACUUUCAUGGAUGCAUCAUUUUUAUCUGCAUUGUAUUUUUUUAUUUUAUUAAAUUUAUAUCAACAAUGAACGGUUAGUUAUUGUCAUUUGAUUAAAUAUAAGGUAUGACUACAUUCUAUUCAUAAUGCAACGAAAUAAAUAUUUUUUAUAUUCAGUAAGAUUGUUACAAGAUGAUCCAUGAAGGUAAGAAUUUUUGUCAGAUCUUUUAAAAUUAAAAUUUAUCGAAAUAAAAUUAAAUCCUCAUAAAGGUGCAAAAUAACGUUUAUGGCAAUAAUAUUGAAAUAGUUUGAAUCAUAGAGAAGUCGUUUUUGUCUUUAAAAAAAUGUGUAAGGAAUAAUUAUUACCUAUUUAGCAUCAAGUCCAGCGAGUAGGGACUUUGCUGUGGUUAUUUCGUUAUUUAUAGCUUUAAAGGUUUUCUGGAAAAUAAAUAGGAUACCUAUAA